AUGUUGCUAUGGAACAACCUGCUAUCGGUACUCAAUGCGAUUGUGUACAAUGUCGAGAAAAUGGACAGUUUUGAGCAGGUGAGCAGCGUAGACGGUUCUGUGAUGAAACGGCGUCGUGGGAAUGUGUAUGUGUGCAUCUCGUACAGUUGUUUUGUAGAACUUUUGAAUGCUUCGAAGUAACAGGCGUCUCCGUCGAAACUAACGUGAAAAAGAAUCCUCUAAUUCAACGGCACCUUAAUAAGCUUCAUUCAAAACGAAAUAACUCUAUUGUCCUGCAGAACAGUCUCCUGGACGACGCGCUUCCGAUCAACACGACGCUUUCAAACGACUCCAGAGUUCAUCGAUACAACCACGGAACAGAAGGUGAGCGGGGGCGGCGAGACACGGAAAUAUACCGGAAUAUAUUCAAAAUACGAAUAGAUAAUGCGGAUGUCGAGUGUCGCUGAUCUUUGAGAACGAACCCGUUACACGAGGACAUCCCGUCUGAGGAGACCUUAAAAGAUCUGUGAAGCUAGUUCAAAAUAUCAUGUAAACCGUGUCUUUCAAAAAGCUUUCAAGCAAUUUUUCAACGAAAACACAAAAAUGAAAUACGUAAAAGUGGGCGAAAGUGAAAGUUCCGUAUCUUGUGGGGAGGCAAAUUUUUAUGAUCUGUUAUUAGGCAAGGACACCCGGUGGAAGAUAUCUUGAGAUAAGAGAAGGGGUAUAAAAGGAUGGGGAGGGGGCAAGGGCUUCCAUAAGGUUUCCUGUCAUGACUCACAUAAGAAGCCUCGUUCUGGCAGUCGUUAUCCUUCUGGCACGUAAGAUUUCCCCCGUCCCCCAUCGAUCUCGACUUCCUCUCUCUCUUUUCAGACAACUCGGUCGUGUCCGCAACUGACUACGGAAAUGCCUCGUCUUGUCCGAAAGCAUCCAAGUACGGAACAGGUCCCCCAGAGUCGUGCACCCAACCGACGGACCCGAACAACUUGGCGGCUUCCGAACUGGAAUCGUGGUUUACGAAGGCAAUGUUCGAAGAUCUGUUCCCAUUUGCGAAUCUGGGAUGGGGACCGUCAAGCUGCUGGCCGUACUCUUAUGAAGCUUCGUGAUUGCGGCGAGAUACUUCCCAGAGUUCGGCACUGCCAUCAAUGUGACGAAUACGGUGUACACUGCAGAAGAGAACAAGAAGAGGGACUUGGCCACUUUCUUCGCGCACGCCAUUCAAGAAACGGGGGAGAAUAACAUUGCCCUCUAUGAGUUCGUUUCAUGAUUCGCUAUUCUUCGACGGGUUUUCUGUUUUCAGCACUCUUGCCGAUCAGGAUGCAUCCAACUGCUUCUACCGCGGCGGAUUCUACAAUUGGUUCGAAGGAGGCCCGACCAGCAGUUUCCUCGACCCCAAGACCCCUGGAUACACCCCAUCCGAUGGAAACUCUUGUGCCUCUGCCGGCCAGUAUUGUUCCGCCUCCUCUCAAAUCACUUACUUCUACCCAUGCUCCAACGCAACAGUCGAUAACACGGCUGCUCCGUACAGAGGAUGCUACUUCGGACGAGGAGCCAUUCAAAUCUCCUACAACUACAAUUACGGACAGUUCCAGGAUUGGCUGAAGUCGGUCAACAUCACUGUCGAUCUUCUGAAUGAGCCGAAUCUUGUGAUGACCAAGAUGGACCCGCCGCUCGCUAUCAUGGCUUCCCUCUGGUUCUACAUGACCCCACAGCCUCCGAAGCCAGCUAUGCACGACAUUAUCAUGGGCAACUGGAACAGUGGAUCCAAAAACGAAGCCGCCGGAUACACGGGACCGAUCUUCGGACCCACAUCUUUGAUCAUCAACAACGAGUGCUCCGGAGAAGACGCAACGAAUCCUGGAGGACCAGGAGAAUCAAGAAGAAUCAAGGCUUUCAAGUGGUUCUGCGGAUACUUCGAUGCUCCAGUCGGCGCCGAUGAGACCCUCUCUUGCAAAAGUAGGAGUUCACACUUCAGAUAACUCCCAAUAUCCAUUUCUAGACAUGCCGGUACCGCUCGAUCAAAUCUUCUACAAUCUCAGCUACCAACCGGAUUGGACCUCCACCUGGAAAGAGGUUCCUUGCACAUGUGCUCCCGCCAGCUACGGAGGACUCAUCUACUACUACGACCCCGACUAUUAUCCGGCCAAGUUCGCCGAUCAGAACGAGUACAAUCGUUUGAAGUGCAUCGCAAGUGUCUACGCGAACCCGUCCAUGUACUCCAUGGAUAACUCCUCGUCGCCGUGCCUCAACUACUGA